GAGCGGCCUCUGAGGAAAAUGUCUGACCCUCACAGCAGCCCUCUCCUGGCCGAGCCUCUUUCCAGCAGAUGCAAACUCUAUGAGUCAGAGUUUACCAACCCGAGCUGGCCCUCCAGCCCCCAGGAUACACACCUGGCCCUGCCCCUCCUGGAGAUGCCUGAAGAGAAGGAUCUCCGCUCAUCCAAUGAAGACAGCCAUAUUGUGAAAAUGGAAAAACCCAGCGAAAGGACUAAAAGGAGAGAAAGUGGGGCAGCCCAUCGGGGCUCUGCAGGCUUGGGGGACAUCAGCCUCUUCCAAGCAGUGGGCUACCUCACAGGGGAGAUGAAGGAGUGCAGGGGCUGGCUGAAAGAUAAGCCCCUGGCCUUCCAGUUCUCAGACUGGGUCCUGAGGGGGGCUGCUCAGGUGAUGUUUGUCAACAACCCUGUCAGCGGACUCAUCAUCUUCAUAGGACUCCUGAUCCAGAAUCCCUGGUGGACGAUUACCGGGGGUCUAGGGACAGUGGUCUCAACCUUAACUGCCCUCGCCUUGAACCAGGACAGGUCUGCCAUCGCCUCCGGCCUCCAUGGAUACAACGGGAUGCUGGUGGGACUGCUCAUGGCCGUGUUCUCGGAGAAGAGGGACUAUUACUGGUGGCUUCUGUUUCCUGUGACCUUCACAGCCAUGACCUGCCCACUUCUUUCCAGUGCCUUGAAUUCCGUCUUCAGCAGGUGGGACCUCCCGGUCUUCACGCUGCCCUUCAACAUGGCCAUGACCCUGUACCUGGCAGCCACCGGCCACUACAACCUCUUCUUCCCCACGACACUGGUGGAGCCCAUCUCUUCGGUGCCCAACAUCACCUGGACAGAGAUGGAGAUGUCCUUGCUGCUACAAGCCAUCCCCGUCGGGGUCGGCCAGGUGUAUGGCUGCGACAAUCCCUGGACAGGCGGCGUCUUCCUGGUGGCUCUGUUCAUCUCCUCGCCACUCGUCUGCCUGCAUGCCGCCAUUGGCUCCAUCGUGGGGAUGCUGGCGGCCCUGACGGUGGCCACGCCCUUUGGGAGGAUCUACUUGGGCCUCUGGAGCUACAACUGUGUCCUCUCCUGUAUCGCCAUUGGGGGCAUGUUCUACGCCCUCACCUGGCAGACCCACCUGCUGGCCCUUUUCUGUGCCCUGUUCUGUGCAUACAUGGGAGCGGCCCUCGCCAACAUAAUGUCGGUGGUUGGUGUGCCACCAGGCACCUGGGCCUUCUGCCUCUCCACCCUCAUCUUCCUGCUCCUGACAACCAACAACCCUGCCAUCUAUAAGCUCCCACUCAGCAAAGUCACCUACCCAGAGGCCAACCGCAUCUACUACCUGAAAGUGAAGAGCAAUGAAGAAGAGAAGUCCCCCAGCGGUGGGCCUGGUGGGCCCCAAGUCCAUGGGGGUGGCAGUAGGGAGCAGCCAGCCACAGCAAGCCCCAAGGUCGAUGAGGGCUCGGAGGCCGUGCCCCCCAAGCCCAGGAGCGUGUUCCACAUCGAGUGGUCAUCCAUUCGGAGGAGGAGCAAAGUGUUUGGAAAAGGCGACCACCAGGAGAGACAAACCAAAGACCCUUCCCCCUAUCAGUACCGGAAGCCUGCAGUUGAGCUGCUGGAUCUGGACACCAUGGAGGACACCGCUGAGAUAAAAGCGGAAGCGAACACUUCCAUGGCUUCCUGGAUUCAGAGUCACCUGACUGCCCACGGGAAGAGGGUCAGCAGAGCCCUCAGUUACAUCACAGGGGAGAUGAAGGAGUGCGGCGAGGGGCUUAAAGACAAAUCCCCAGUGUUCCAGUUCCUCGACUGGGUCCUACGGGGCACGUCGCAGGUGAUGUUUGUGAACAACCCCCUCAGCGGCAUCCUCAUUGUGCUUGGCCUCUUCGUCCAGAACCCCUGGUGGGCCAUCUCGGGCUGCUUGGGCACUGUUGUGUCCACUUUGACAGCCCUCAUCCUGAGCCAGGACAGGUCGGCCAUCGCGGCAGGACUCCACGGCUACAACGGGGUGCUGGUGGGGCUGCUGAUGGCCGUGUUCUCAGACAAAGGCAACUAUUACUGGUGGCUUCUGCUCCCCGUCAUCAUGAUGUCCAUGUCGUGCCCCAUCCUCUCCAGUGCCCUGGGGACCAUCUUCAGCAAGUGGGACCUCCCGGUCUUCACGCUGCCCUUCAACAUAGCCGUGACCCUCUACCUGGCGGCCACCGGCCACUACAACCUCUUCUUCCCCACGACGCUGCUGCAGCCUGCAUCCUCCACACCCAACAUCACCUGGUCAGAGGUCCAAGUGCCCUUGCUUCUGAGAGCCAUCCCUGUAGGAAUCGGCCAGGUCUACGGCUGUGACAACCCCUGGACUGGAGGCAUUUUCCUCAUAGCUCUGUUCAUCUCGUCCCCUCUCAUUUGCUUGCACGCUGCGAUCGGCUCCACUGUGGGGAUGUUAGCAGCCCUCACUAUCGCGACGCCCUUGGACUCCAUCUACUUCGGCCUGGGCGGCUUCAACAGCACGCUGGCCUGCAUUGCCAUAGGGGGCAUGUUCUACGUCCUGACCUGGCAGACGCACGUCCUGGCCGUCGCCUGCGCCCUGUUCGCGGCCUACCUGGGCGCCGCCCUGGCUAACGUGCUCUCCGUGUUUGGACUGCCACCAUGCACCUGGCCCUUCUGCCUCUCGGCGCUCACCUUCCUGCUCCUAACGACCAACAACCCCGCCAUCUAUAAGCUUCCGCUCAGCAAAGUCACCUACCCAGAGGCCAACCGCAUCUACUACUUAUCCCAGGAGAAAAACAGAAGAGCAUCAACAAUAACAAAGUACCAGGCCUAUGAUGUCUCCUAG